GAAAGAAAGAAAGAGGGAGAGAGAGAGAGGGAGAAAGAAAAAGUUGCUGCACGAGAAAUCUCUCCAUGUGUGCUUGUGUGAGUGUGAGAAAAGUAAAGUAAAGUGAAAAGCAAUGCUUAAAGGAAUUACAACAACUAAAAGGCAAAGCUUACGUCGAGUGUUGUUACACUAAAUAACUGUAAAAGCCGCCCCAAAUAACAAGACGGAAAGGAAAGGAAACGAACGAAGGAAAGGCACCCCCGCGUGGGCGGGAUUGGCGAAGAAAAUAUUCAACUUUAAAACAUCAGCCUAUUUCAAGGGCUCCCCCACACAUUGGAGGCCACCACAAUGGACCCCAACAGACAUCACGAAUAUCAGACACAUCAUCAGCAGGCGGUGCACCAGUCAAUGCCACCGCACCACCAACCACAUCCGCAUCCGCAUCCACAUCCUCCGCAUCACCAGCAGCAGCUGCACCACCCACCACAGCAACCGCAACACCACCUCCAGCAGCAGCAGCAGCAGCAGCAGCAUCCGCGUGGCACCACCGCCAACAGCUAUGGGUCGCAUCCCCCGCAUCCUGGGGGAGAUGAGCAGCGCUCCCGAACGGCCCUCUACAUGAUGAACAGCAGCGGAGGCCGGGGGACGGGGGCAGGAGCACCCCCGCAGUCUGUGCCCCAGGCAGGGCCUGCUGCGGCCGCCACGGCCACAUCCUCAAGCGAUCCGCAUUUACAGUACUACACCUCCAAUCGGGACCUGGCAGCAGCCAAGAAGCUGCCCCAGCCGCCGGAGCCGCCGCACCCCAGUUGGUCGUACAAGACCGGGCAGUCGGUGCCCUCGCCGGCGCCGGCAGCGGCCUCGGGUCUGCGCCAUCACCACGGGAAUCCCGCCAUGUACCCCACCAGCAGCCAGCAGCAGGCGGCGCCGGCGCAUAGCACGGCCUACUGGCCGCCAUCGGACGAGCAGAUGCACCAUCAGCCGCAGCAGCAUCCGCCGCAACAGCAGCAGCAGCAGCGGUACUCCUCCUACGGCCCGAAGGCACCGCCCGGCGGUGGCACUGCCUCGGGAUACGGGCUGGAGGGAUUCGGAACAGGACAGCAGCCAGGACAGCCACAACAGAUCGGUGGCAGGCCGCAUCCCGGCUAUGGCCCACAGCCCGGGUACGGGACACAGCCCGGCUACGGCCCACAGCCCGGAGUGGGGGGCCAGCCCGGGUACGGGACUCAGCCGGAGUAUGGCCUUCAGCCCGUGGUGGCCGGCAAGCCUGGCUACGAAUCUCAUCCCGGAGUGGGAGUGGGAGUGGGAGGACAGCCCGACAGCAGAUUCGGCACCCAGACAGGGGCUGGCGGCUACGGCACACAGCCGGGAGUGGGCGGCAAGGCGGGGGGAUAUGGCGGGGCCCACAGCACGCAGCACCCGUCCACGCCCACACCGCCCACGGCCACAUCGACCGCCCAGCAGCACCUGUCGUCGCACCACCAGAGCCUGUACAUGCCGAUGCCGCAAUUUAGCACGGAAAAGUUCCAGACGACGGUCCACAAUGCCAUCGAGAAGUACGUGCGGGAGACGCCGGCAGCAGGUGGGGGAGCAGGAGGAGGAGGGGCAGCCGCCUAUGGAAGGAGCACCGGCUAUGGGUACGGCAAGACCUCCUCCUCCUCCUCCGCCCUAUCCUCGAAGCCUCCUGCCGCCACCUCCUCCGCCACGAGCUACGUGAAGCUGGAGCCGGAGCACGCUCUGGCGGCGACCCUGCCGCAGCCCACGCGCUCCUCGCUGUACCACAAUCCGUACACCACAGCGCAGCCGCCGCCGCCGCCGCACUCCGAGGCGCCGCAGCGGGAGCGCGAGCGGGACUCCUCGCCGGCGAUGGCCGCCGUGGCGACGCCCCCCCACGGCUAUCCCACCAAAUACGGGAAACUCCUGCAGCAGCACGGCACGGGAGCGGGCACGGGAACGGGCGCCACGCCGUACUCCUCGUACUACCACCACGGACACCACGGCACACCCUCGCCAGCGGCCGGAGCCGUGGCCUCGCCCACUCCGCCCGCCCCGCCGCCACCACUCGCCAGCCAGCUGGCCUCCGCCUCCUCCUCCAGCAGCAGCAGCACCACCACGCUCCAGGUCUACCCCCACGGACCGGACAUCUGCUACCAGCCGGUGGCGGCUGCCCAAACCCAGAGUCAGGGGCAUCCCGCGGCCGCGGCCAAGAAGUCGCCGGCGGUGGCGAAGCCCAAUUACCGGGCGCUGAUCAACGACAUGCUGAAGCGGAACACCGCCAGCGAGCAGGAGCUCAAUCUGCAGAUCAUCAAGAAGACCCUCAAUAUGGAGCCGCCGCCACGGAACCAUGUCCAUGCCCUUCCGGCUGCCACAAGGGUCAUCCAACAGGUGGCGGCUCCCGCACCAGCGCCAGCACCAGCCCCAGCCCCAGCACCCGCGCCUGCACUCUACUCCCCACUGGAUCUGUCCAUGCGAACGGUGAAGCAGACGGCCGACUCCACGGAAUACAAGUACCAGCGUCCCCACCAGACGACGGAGUACAAGGCCGCCCUGCAGCCGCAUCUGGCGGGAGGAGUGGGCGGAGCCGCAGGAGGAGGAGGAGGAGGAUUGGGUCUACCGAGAUUCGACAUCACAGCGAGCUUCUCGGCAGCAGCCAACCGGGGGACGAGUCCCGCGCCCACGGCUGUCAUACGACAGGCCCCAGCCACAACAGUUCCUCAUCUGCCGCCUGUGGCUGCUCCUGCUCCUGCGUCCGACCCUGUGGCGCCUGCUUUGGUGAUCAAAUCCCUGCAGCAGAUGCGUCCCAGUGUGCUGGAGACGAAUCCGUAUGCCAAACGUCAGCACCAGCAGCAGCACCAACACCAGCAUCUGCCCCCCGAGACGAGCAUCAUUCAGGUGCUGCCCAAACCCCUGCCGCAGCUGAUGGAGCUCACGCCUGCGCCUUCGCCCUCUCCAUCGCCCUCGCAGUCGCCAUCGCCCAGUCCGCAGCACAACAGCAGCAACCCGAACUAUCUGGGCCGGAAGCGGCAUCUGCAGGAGUACAACCAGGCGGCGGCCAAGCAGGCGCGUCUGGAUGCAGCCAUGGAGGCGGCUGUGUCCGCUCCAGUGCCGGUGAUAGCCGUCAACGAGCAGGCGCUGGCCGCCAAAAGAGAGCGCGAGCGCGAGCGGGAGCGCGAGAGAGAAAGGGAGAGGGAGAGAGAGCUGCAGCCCGAACCGAGCACGUCCUCAUCCUUCUCCGUCAUGUCCAUGUCCGUGCCGAUGGCUAUGCCCAAGGCAGAGCCACGCAUCCGUACAAAGGCGGAGUUGAAGGGAUUCACGUUCACGCCGCCCGUGCUGGUCACCUCAACGACUCCUGCCACCAAUUCAGUAUCAGUAGCACCUGCGCCUCCGCCACCAGUGGCCAACCUCCUUCCGCCGCCUCCUGCAGUCACAGUCGCAGUCGCCCGGACGCCGCCGAACCACCAGGUGACGAACCACAUACAAAUCAAGCUGGAACCGGCACCACCUCAGGCGACCACCAACCAUCCGGGUGGAGCAGAUCUCGGACUCCUCGAGGAGGAUCUGGGCUGCAAGAGCAGCCUCCUGGACUGCUGGGGCAGCACCUGCAACAACCUGGUGGAGCAGCUGCUCAGCAAAGCCCAGCCCAGCCCGGCGGGGACUCCGGCAUGCGGCAGCAGCAGCAUCAAGCUGGAGCUCAGCGAAGAUGAUCUCCCCGUGGCACGGAUCCUCAAGCGGCAGCCAGCAGCAGCAGCAGCAGCAGCAGCGGCAGCCGCAGCCGCAGCAGAUGGGGAAUCAGCGGCCACCACAACCACCCAAGUGACGACGACGACGAAUGGCAUCGGCUCCUCCCUGGACAACGGCGGGGGGGCCCAGAAGAAGCUGAGCAAAGUGGAGCGGGAGAAGAAGCGGCUGCAGCAGGAGCAGAGGAUCGCGGCCAGGCUGGCGCCGAAGGCGGGCCAGAGCAGCUCCUCGGAGAGCGACACCACGGAGCUGCACAGGCGGACCACCGAGCGGCAGAAGAAGCCGCUGCUCAUGCGGAAGGGCCGUGCGCGGCAGAGGUCCCUGGGUGGCCAGACGGGCAAGAGCAGCCAGCAGACGGGCCAAAGCACCGCCGAGGAUGCAGCCGCAACGGCAACGGCAGUGGCAGUGGCAGGGGCAGGGGCAGGGGCAGGGACAGUGCCAGUGCCAGAGAAGGGUGGCAGCCAACCCUCCACCAGCGAGGAAAGGGAGUCCAAGAAGGAGUCCGCAAAGCGGGAGGCAGUGCCGCCUCCGUCCGACGGCAACAAAGUGAAGUACGAGGAGACGGGAAAGGCCAAGGGCAAGGCCAAGCAGGAGCAGAGCCAGGAGAACAGCAGCUCCAGCGACGAGGAGGAGGAGGACGAGGAGGAGGAGGAGGAAGACGACCAGGAGGAGGACGAAGAAGAGGAGGCGGAGGCGGAGACGGAGGGAAGGAAGAAGGAGAAAUCGGCCAAGACUCUGACCCACAAAAAGCAACAGCAGUCGAAUCCCCCCCUCAAGAACCGCAUCCUGAACACGAUGACCCGCUCGAAGCAUCGCAAGGAGCUGGAGCUGCAGCUGGCCAACAGCAAGGUGCUGCGCAACGACAAGAUCAUCCGCAACUCCACCACGAAGAUCAAGCGGAAGUACGUGCGCAAGGUGGUCGACAGCAAGAAGGAGAUGAUGGUCACCCGUCUGCGGAACAAGCGCGGCCUGGACGCGGCCAUCGACUCGAACAGCAGCCAACAGAACGGCCGAACGAAGCUCAAGGGGAAGCAGCAGCAGCAGCAACAGCAGUCCGCAGGAGGAGGUCCUGGCAAGACCAAGACCUCGCCACAGCAGCAACUGUACCUGGAGGAGUAUCGCUACAAGGUGGCCCUGAAGAUACCCCAUCGGCUGAUCUCCAUCAACAGGCUGAAUAAGGUGGCCGCCUCCCUGCCCGACAUGGAGCGGCGGGACAUUAGCCAGGAGCUGGCCUGCUUCAAGAGCCGCGGCGGUGCCGCAGGCAGAACCCGGACAAAGGCCGCCAGCAAGCAGCACCAGGAGAACACGCCCAAGUCCAUCAUCGAUGUGCUCCACCUGCGCGUGACCAACGGCAGCAGCGCCGCCAGCAGCAUCAGCAAGGCCACGGUCUCCAUAUCGGCACCGGCCUCCACCAACCUGCAGCUGCACAGCGAGACCUCACAGACCUCCGCCUCGAACUCCCUGUACGAGCAGCCGCAGCAGCAGCAGCAGCUGCAGCAGGAGGCGCCACAGCCGCCGAGCAGCGCCGAGACGACGGGCUGCCUGGACGAUCCCAGCAGGCGGCACUUUAGCAUCUUCGACACCAAAGUGCUCCAGAGCAAGACCCGCACCGAGUCGAAGCUCCAGCAGCGGCGCGAGAUCAUACGCGAGAUAUUUGUGGGUCCGGAGCGGCCAGCCUCGGCUCCGCCAGAGUGCGCCCAGGAGGCGGGCGGCGACCACGAGGAGGAGGCGGCCAUCAGCUACCAGAAGUACGAGGAGUUUCUCGACCAAAUGAACAGCAUUAUAAGCGCCAACGGCAACAAGCUGCUGGCCCGCAGGACCCUCAUCGAGGACAAGCAGCAGCAGCCCUCCUCCGCCACGCAGUGUCCGCACAAGCGCAAGUACCUGCGGCGCAAGGGCAGCUCCGGCUUCGACUACAUACGCAAGAAAAAGCGGCCGGCCACCAGUCAGCAGAGUCACAAUCAGUCCUCCAGCCAUGCCCCAUCCAAUCAGCAUGUGCUCUCCGAGCACAAUCAGAGCGCGGCCGACGAGCGACUGGACGACACGGACAGCACCAUUGCGGGCAGCUCCCAUCUGCCGGCGAAGGUCAAGACCGAGAUGGAUGUCCUGCGCGAGAUCCAGAAGUGGGUGCUCAACAAGGGCGUGGGCCAGAGCACGAUGCACAAGGCCGCCCGCCAGGGACUGAUCGAUGUGGUGGUCUACUGCCUGGAUCGCAUGCACAUGAACCCCGACCAGAAGGACAACGCCGGAUACACGCCCCUGCACGAGGCGUGCACCCAGGGCUGGCUGGAGAUCGCCCGCAUCCUGCUCCAGUUCGGGGCCAAUCACUCGGAGGCGGCCCAGUCGGGCAUCCGUCCGCUCCACGGAGCCAUCGAGAACGAUCACGAGGAGGUGGUGCGACUGCUGCUCUCCUACGGAGCCGAUCCGUUGCUGGCAACGUACUCAGGUCAAACUCCGCUGGCGUUAGCUUCAAGCAAGCUGAUGAGUGGCAUUCUGAGCGAUCACCUCAGCGAUGCACAAAGUGCCGCCGCUGACAUUCAUCCAAUGCGAUUCCAAGGACCAUGGGACAUAUUUGAUGCUAAGGAAUACGGUUAUGAUAUAUUCGAUAAUGUACCGAACACAGCUUGUGAUAAGAGCCGAGCUCUACGUAGAGAAAGGAAAGAGGUGAAGCAGCAGCAGCAGCAGCAGCAACAGAAGUUCUGCAGCAACGUAAAUGGCAAUGGAAGUGUACUUUUGCCAGCCAAAAAGGAGGAGCAGCAGGAGGAGUCUGAGAAGAAGGUGGAGACAACGAUUAAGCAGAAUGGGGAGAAAAGUGCAACAAAGACUGGAAUAAAUGUAGCAGCAGCAGGAGCAGGAGCAGCAGAUGCAACAACCACCACUACUUCUGCGGCAACAGCAAUAUCAACAGCACGGAUGAUGGUGAAAAUGGAGCCGGGAACCGAGGAGGACGAGCGGGUCGAGCAGCAGGAGGAUAGCAAUAACAAUAAAAACAACAACGAGGCGGAGCUGAAUGCGAAUGUUGAGAAUAAUUUAGUAACAAGCGUUGUGACUGUGAAGAAUGAAGUGAAGAAGGAACUGGAUGUGGAUAUGGAUGAUGUGGAUAUGAAUAUCGAUAGGGAACGAGAAAGGGAACGAGAACGAGAACGGGAACGAGAACGGAAUAGACUUGAUGACAUGGAUCUGGCGGAGAGCGAGACAAUGGAUGAUAGUGAAUUGAAUGGUGAUAUUUUUGAAUUUGAAGAGGCCGAUGUGCCCCUGCCACCACUGUACUUGCUCAAAGACGAGGGCAGUGACAAAUGGGUACUACUGAACGAUUUGUGCAAUUUACUUAAAGUUAAAUCCAAGGAUACGCUCCUCAACAAGCUCUGUCCGAAUAAUAACAACAACAACAACAACAAUGCGUUGGCCAACAGCCAGAAGCAGCUGCUGCGGGAGUUCAAGAUCGAUGAUUUCCUGGAGAAGGCCACCUGCCUGCAGCUGCUGUGCGCCGGCGAGAAGCUGAACAUGUUCAGCUCCUCGAAGGUGGUGCUCAUCAAAUACAACGACAGUGUCAAGAGCUUGUUGGGCGUCAAGACAAUUUUAAUGAAAUUUUAAACAGAGAUAUACAAAGGAUACUAUACUAUAUGUAGGAACCAGAACGAUGGAGAAGGAGAAGGAGAAGGAAAUGGAGAUGGAGAUGGAGGAAACGGGAACGGGAACGGGAACAGAACCCCCUAGAUAAAUUAUGAACAGAGAAUUAUGAACCCUACUACCCGACUAACGUGCGUAAGGAGAGCAAACAAAUUUGAAAGAAACAAAAACUAUUAGUACGAAUAUAAUUGUAGCAGCGAUCUAAAUGUAUAUACGAUAUUUGCGGUAUAUAUUUUAGCUAGUAGCUAGUUUUUACCACACAUACACACGUCUUUGUCUUUGGAAGAUGGAAGAUCUUUUUUAAAGGAAAUUAAAUUAGAGCUAAUGCAAAGUGAUACAAAGGUGCUAUACACACUCAAAACGAAGAAAAACGAAAAUGGGGAAAAUGCAAAAAUUCGAUGCAGAUCGAGACGAUGUAGAGCGGAAUACGGAGAGAGAUAUGGAUGGGGAUGGGGACGGGGAUAGGGAUAGGGAGAGUGAGAAUAUUGAUGAAAUCUGGAAUCUAUUGCAAAUUAGAAAGUAGAACAAACGGAAGGAAGGAUGCUGUAAGAGAGUCGAUAGACAGACAAACAGACGGACACACGACAAAAUGUAUGCCAGCCAAGCAGCUAAAUAUAGUAAAUAUAUAUAUAUAUAUAUAUUGUAUAUUGUAUAUCUAGGGAUAAUGUGUAAUCUAUGGUUUUAAAACAAGCAAAAAGCAACAACAAAUUAGCAAAAGUAUAAACGUAAGGCGUAAUUAUUACAACAUAUAUAUAUAUGUAUAUAUAUAUAUUGUAAUCAGAUUAGAGAGAGAGAGAGAGAGAGAGAGGAGUAUUUAUGUAUUAUGUAUUUUUAAACGAAAUUAUUAACAUAACGUACAGAUCCAACUAUAAUGUAAAUCAAUUUUCAGAUAGGUUUGUAAUUUUCUAUGUAUGUAUGUAAUUGUCGUGCGUAAGUUUUGUGCAACUAUAAAAACAAACAGAAACCAUACAAUAAAAACAAAAUAAAUGAAAUGUGAA